GAGAUUCACGAGCCCACGACGACGACGACGGUGGCGAUGGUGGCGACGAUGGAUGGGCAAGAACGCGUAGAGGGGAGAAUUUGGGGCUCGAGGGAGGAGGAGGACGAUGCGGAGGACGAUGGGAUGAGAUGGGGCGGGCCGUGAGCUCUUCUCCGAUGUCACUCACCCCACUUCUUGACCCGAGAACGCGCAAUGGCGGACCGAGAUUCGUCGUGCGCUUGUGGCCUCUUUGAAUUAUUCAUGCCUCGGACUGAGCGGGGCAAGCGGUCAAGCGGCCGGGCGGGCGGCAAGGGCGGCAAGGGAUUUGGCCCUUUCUGACAUUGAACUCAACGUAAGUGAUUUGAGAAACAAAUUGACUUAUUUGCUGAUGGUAGCAAAGCAGAUGGAAAGGGUAGAGAUGCUCCAGGCGACGUCGAUUCUCCGCCCGAGCGCUGUAGGCACUCGCAUCUGAAGCGCACGCAUGGAGGGGCCAACGAAAAGCACUUUUUUCGGAUGUAAUGAUUGCAUAUUCGCCUGAAAUCAAAAUCAGAAAGACGUACCCGACUAAUCCCCGUUGUCAUUCUGAGAUCCGGUUGGGUGAAAUAUCCGGAGACAUCAUUCUUUCUUUCCAGUCGCCAUGAUUGUGUCCGAGAGCGAGCCUCGUUGGGACGCAGCAGCCGAGUGAGCGUCGCAUGCAGCCAGCUCAGUGUUUCAGACUCCUUCACUGCAAUUGGGAAUCAACAAUCAAAUCGAUCUAGUGAAGAAGUCGAUGACAAUAAUCAGGCGAAUCAGUCACUCACUCAAGCACCCCGUUCGAUGCAAUGCUCACGCAGAGCAGUGCAAAAUCACCACGAGCCUGGACAGCAUCGCGUUGCACACCAAUCCCAACUUUCUCUGUACGGAUGGAGGGGUUCGGACUCCGGAUGUUCUGCCGAGAGAGCAGAAUCGAGAGAGCAGAAUCUGUCUGUCCGAAUGCUAAACGGAUGUCACAAGGCGACGACUGGGAAGAAUGGACAGGACGGAGGAGGGUGACAGAUGUUAUUAGAGCAUCGGCGGUCAGCGGACCGAGAGUUGGGUACAGCAAGCUCACGGAUCCCCAAGUCGCCCAGCAGCAGAAGGUUCACGAGUCUCGUUCUUCUCGCCCCACGUUCCAAUCGGCAAUCGGCAGUCGUCGCUCGCCAAGAUGGCAGUGGUGGCCCGGCAUCUAGUGCGGAAUAUUACCCGAUCGAGAGACACCAUGGCGUGCGACGAGAGCUAGGCAUUUAUGGAGGAGGGUUUGGCUUAUGUUUGGAGAAGAGCGCUGCCACUCUUGAGAAGCCGAUUAUCUUCCGCUUUUCGACACGGGAAAGAAGCCAUGGCGGAAAAUGCUGCUGGCGUCCCCGCCCCUGCCCCCGCUCCUGCUGCUGCUCCGGCCCUCCAUCCGAAACUGCAGUCCGUGGCGUUCAUGUUGGGGACCUGGCGUGGUGAAGGCGAGGGAGGGUUCCCCACCAUCAAAUCAUUCAAGUAUGGCGAAGAAAUCAAGCUCUGGCAUGUCGGGAAGCCAGUGAUUGCCUACACGCAGAAGACGUGGAAAGCUGCGUCCGGAGAGCCCAUGCAUGCCGAGAGCGGGUACUUCCGUCCGACUUCCGAUGGGUCGAUCGAGGCCGUGAUCGCCCAGAGCACUGGUCUUGCUGAAGUCCAGAAAGGGACCUACGACUCUGCCAAACAGUCUUUGGAGCUUCGAAGCUCACUUGUCGGGAACGCAUCGAAGGUAGUGGAGAUCAAGCGCAUGUUUCACGUUGAAGGAGAUGAGCUGGCUUAUACAGUAGAAAUGGGCACCCAGACACAUGAACUUCAACCUCAUUUGCGGGCAGUUCUGAAGAAGGUCUCGUCAUGAAGUCACAACGUGUGAGAAAACCUGGAACAAAGACAAAUCUUUUGAGGGCUGCUGGCUGUACGAAGGCAUGUGGGUAUGGUUGCAGGAUUUAGCGAGAUAUUAUUCGUAGUCGGAUCACGGGAGUUUACUCAACUAAUUUCUAGAUUAGUGUAUAAUUCUUAAAAAAAUAGUUUUAAUGCUGUGGACUGUCUUGAAAAACUAGUGUUUCAAUCCAGUAUUCACCAUAUUAACACUUGGCUGUCGAUAAAGGGAAAGAUCAACGCAGUCAGUUUCUGAAGAUUGAAAUCUGUCAAAAGCAUUUGCGUCAAGAAAAUUUGCCACGAAAGAAAUAUUGUUCCACUCUUGAUAGU